UGAAGAAACAAAAGAGAUUGCAAAUGAUGAUUUUAUCAAUGAGAUGCUCUUUUAUGGAGAAAAAGAGUUGACUGGGAUACAAGAGGACAUGACUAGUGCUUCAACUAGUCAAAAUGAAAACACAGAAAUUAGUACGAUCCAACUUGUGAAUCUCCGGAAGGAAGUAAGUAAGAAAAAACAUGGGCAAUAUACUUGUGGAUUUUGUAAAGAAGCAGGUCACAAUAUUGUGACUU